CGUCGCCUUCUUGAAAAACGUAGCGCCGCGAUUUCACUGCGAGGCAGUGACCACACGGAAAGCCCCGCGCGUUGGGGGUCUCGGUAGCCCGACACCCGUUGGACGUGUGAGGAGCGGGAGUGAAAAGCGGCCCGGUUCGGCACUGUGCGUCCUACGGAAAUGGCGGAUGGACCCUAAAGAGCAGCUGGGCUGCAGGGCCGAGAGCGAGCGGCCUGGGCCAUGAAUGCUCCGGGCGGGGGCUGGGACGGGGCCUGCGGGGGCGUCCGGCUCCUCCUGGACCUUGACACACUGGACCUGAGAGGAGGAGUUGUGGUGAUGCAAGUUUCUUACCACCUCUACUCCUCUAGUGGGGUCUGCAGUCACCUGUUACAUUCCAAGCAUUGGGUGCUGCUAGCUCUGGAGGAGGGCAUGGCCAAGAUGUCCCAGAGACGUGCUAAAUCUACAAAUGCCUAGACAGCCUCUGCUGAAGGGAUUCCUAAAGAGCCUUGACUGCAAUUUAAAAUAACCUCUGGGGAAGUUGGUGUGCAAAUGCUGCCUGAACCGAACCAGGUGUGAAACACUCCCUGAGAUGUAGGCCAUGUGCUUGAAAGUCUCCCCCUCCAUCUGCAAAGAGUUUCAUAUACAGUUGAUCUGGAACAGCAUCACUGAAAUAUUUCCUCUGAACACCAUUCUAAAGGUGUCUUCAGUGCUUGACAAAGAACAUUUCCAGAUAUGUUGCAGAUAUUAAGCCUUUGCCUCCCAACAUAAAAGAUAAGCUGAUAAAAUUAAUGAGUAUGCAAGGGCGGAUAACUGAUUCAAACAUCAGUGAGGUGCUGCACCCAGCAGUGGAAACGCUAGAUCUUAGAGAUUGUGAUAUUUCAGAUACUGCCCUGCUGCAACUUUGUAAUUGCAAGCAACUGAAAAAAAUUAACUUAAAUUCCUGUAAAGAAAACAGACUAGCCAUCACUUCAGAAGGAGUCAAAGCUCUGGCCUUGUCUUGCCCUUAUUUACGUGAAGCCUCAUUUAAAAGAUGCUGCAAUGUAUCAGACAGCGGAGUUCUUGCUCUGGCACUCAAUUGCCAUCUUCUGCAAAUAGUUAACUUAGGCAGCUGCUCAGGCAUCACUGAUGCAUCCCUGCAUGCGCUUGGACAGAACUGCAGAUUUCUACAUAGUGUGGAUUUUUCAUCUACUCAGGUGACGGAUAAUGGUGUCAUAGCACUAGUUAGUGGGAUGUGUUCAAAGAAUUUAAAGGAGAUCCACAUGGAAUGCUGUGUGACUCUGACAGAUGUAGCUGUGGAAGCUGUCCUUACCUGCUGUCCGGAGAUCUAUAUUCUGCUGUUUCAUGGAUGCCCACUGAUAACAGAUCGUUCCCGAGAAGCCUUGGAGCAAUUAGUUGGACCAAACAAAAUUAAGCAAGUGACAUGGACUGUUUAUUGAUUUUUAUAUAAAGUUCCCAGAUGGUAAAGCUUUUUCAGGAAACAACCAUCUGUGGGGAACAGCUUUCUCUCUGGUAACCACUGUCUUCUGUAAUACCAGAUUCCUUCAUUCUUUGUUUCUACUAGAGCUCUCUGUCAGCAUCCAAGUCCUUUCAUGUCUUAGGUGUGCCUAAUACCCUGUUAAAUGAUAUUUCUUGUAAUUAAAGCAAUGCCUCUCUUUA